ACUGUCAAAUAUAUCUAAUUUUUGGUAAGACAAAUGUCAUCAAGUUAUUUUUGAGGUUAAUUUCGUUUCGUAUAGUACACGAUUUAAUAAACUUACCUUAUACUCUUCGAUAGAACACUAAUUUAUUGAUUGAUCCUAAACAUGAAUAGUAUAGGCGAAGAGUGUACCGAUUUAAAGAAAAAAUAUGACGACUGCUUCAAUAGUUGGUUUUCAGAGAGAUUUUUAAAAGGCGAUCAUGACGAUUCUGUGUGUUCUGGUAUUUUUAAAGUUUAUCAAGAUUGCGUAAAGAAUGCCAUGAAACAGCAAAAUAUUGACUUUAAGGAAAUUGAUAAGGACGUUCUGGGCACUGAUAAUGAAUUCAAAGCACCACCAACGGAAAGCAGUUGACACAAAUACAGUGUUAUGUGCACUUUCACCCCUAUUAUGAAUUGCGUAUUUAAAAACGGGGAUAUUUUUAAGUGUCAAGAGUAAACAGUGUAUUAAUUUAACAGAAAAAACAAUGUAAUACAAAGUAAUUGUUGAUGAACUUCUAAUUUUGUGUUAAACAUUUUAAAAAUAUGUCUUAGUCAAAGGCUUUGAAUGUUAUUACAAAAGUGUAGAUUAUCAUUUUAACAUGAUAGUAUUUUCUUUGCUGUUAUUAUUAGAAUUAAUUGUGGUGGCUAUGCAUUAGUUAUUUGAAAGUGAACAUUUAGUAGACAAAAUUAUAUUGUUUUUUUUUUUGGGUAAUUAUCAUUAGCUGACUAUAUGUCCCCACUGAGUGGCUUGGAGCUUACCCUAACUUAGGGUUGAUAAUGCUAAGGCUAAAUCAUUCCAUUUUAUUAAGAUAAAAGUGAUGCACUAAUAUAGUACCAUCUUUGUAACCUGUUACUGGAUUGUUCCUGCUUUACAUAUGUAAAAAUUUACAUUUAAUAUUUUGUAAUAGUCAAGCUUGGAAAUGAAUUGUGGUAGUAAAUGAUU